AUGGAGAACUUUGGUGUAUCCAGUAACAUGAACGGAAAUGGCGGCAACCACCACCACCACCACAACAACAACUUCGAGCUGCUCGACUUCAUCACCGACGCCAACUUCGACCAGUUCGUCGACCUGAUUCGAGGCCGUAACGACGACGACCAAGCCGCCGGCGGGGGAUUCGACGACUGCGACGACCUCAUCCACUCCUUGCUGGUCGACAACCCCCCACACCACGACUUCCCGGCCUCCACAAUGCUGCAGCCGCCGCCGCUCGACGGUGGUGGACAUUACUAUGCCGACGAGGCUGCAUUCGUUGACUUGGGCGCUGGCUUCGAGGACUUCGCUCCUCCUCCUCUGGCGCCGUACGAUAUCAUGGGGACGGCGUGUUUCGACGUGGACAUUAAUGAUGUUGAUUAUGAUGAUAAUGACGAUUAUGGUAAUAACGCCGUUGAUUGUGGUGAGGAAGUUUCCUCCGGCACCACCACCACCACGGCGGCGGGUGGGGAGCAGAAGCGGAGGAAAGGUGACCGGUCCAAGACUUUGAUCUCCGAGCGGAGGCGGCGAGGCAGUAUGAAGGAGAAGCUCUAUGCUCUUAGAUCCUUGGUCCCUAACAUCACUAAGAUGGAUAAGGCCUCGAUAAUCGGCGACGCGGUGUCGUAUAUGCAAGACCUCCAGCUCCGAUCAAAGAAGCUACAGGCCGAGGUUGCUGGGCUGGAAGCAUCUCUCGCCGCUGCGGGUUCGCCAAAAGCGGCCCAAUUCGGUAGCAGGCCGAACCAAAACAUUCCAAGGAAACCAAUAGGCAACGGCAGCCGUGCAAUGAUCACCGCCAAGAAAAUAUUAAUGCAGAUGGAUGUGUAUCAAGUGGAAGAAAGAGGGUACUAUGUGAGAUUAGUAUGCAACAAAGGGGAUAAAGUUGCGAUUUCCCUCUACAAAGCCCUCGAGUCCCUAGCCAGCUUCGUCGAUAUUCAGACCACGAAUUUGGCCACGUCAGCUUCGGACAAGUUUAUACUGACUUUCACUUUAGUUGAUAGAGAGAUGAUCAUCCAGCAAGGGCAGCAGAUCGACUUGCCAAAUUUGAAGAUGUGGGUGACUAAUGCCUUGCUGAACCAAGGAUUUGAGUUUCUGACGUUGUAG